AGCCCCGUCUGGGUCUGGUUGACACUGCUGGCUGUGGGCGUGAGUGGAGCUGCUGCUCAGACUGAAGUCAAGGUGUGGAUCCCAUGGAAAAUACACAGUGAGACUUAAAUCUUCUGGAGGAUAAAAGUGAAAUUGGGGUCGACAGAGGGAGCGCAAACUCCAAACCGAAGGACUGUGCAGUUGGAAGAGCAGCAGGUAUGAAAAUCCAGACUGUGAGUGUGUGUGCAUCUCUGCUGGCCCUGUGCUGCCUGCUGGUGAUCCCCAAAGGAGGCCAGAGCGCCGGGGGGAUCACUUCUCUGAGACUGUCUGAGGAGAGGAGGGGGGCAGAGGAUCAGCUCCAACAUGAGACCCUGGAUGACCCAGAGAACGAGCAGCAGCUUUCAGUGGAUGAACACUUACUGCGAAGAAGCAUCAAGGCCAAAAGAGACACAGAGGGAGCCGCACAAGCAGGUAUUGUGGGCAGAGUGAGGAGAGCACCGGAGGAAGGCAAGAAGAAGAAGAAAAAGGACAAGAACAAGGAGCCGAAGGACCCCAACGCCACGAAAAAGCCCAAAUCUGAGAAGAAGGGAAAAAAGAAGGACAAGCAGACAACAACCACAACUCUCCCGCCCACCACCACACCAAUCCCAACUGAACCGCCGACUGAACAGGAACCGUACACAGACUACUCGUAUCCUGAUGGUGACUCUGAUUAUUGGAAACCGGACGACGACUACUGGGGAGCCGAGGCCACCCCGUCCAGUCCUCCGGCCGAGACCUCCAUCACUGAUCCUCCAGACGACUACUGGAAGCCAGAUGAGGAAGACCCGGCCGCUCCGGUGACAGACGGCUACGACGACUACUGGAAGCCAGACGAGAAGGAGCCUUCACCUUCCGCUCCCAACGUUUAUGACGACUACUGGAAGCCAGACGAGAAGGAGCCGUCGCCCUCGUCGCCCAGUGUUUACGACGACGACUACUGGAAGCCAGACGAGAAAGACCCAGAUCCCUCUGUGACCGAUGACUACGACAGCUACUGGAAAGAAGCGGAGCCGACGCCCGCCGCCCCUGAGGUUGAUGGAAAGGUCGGGACAGAUGACAACGAUUACUGGGAUGCCACAUUUGAGUUGCCAGACAACCUGCCGUUUCCUGAUGGCAAAGAGGUCAGCCCUGAAAUAAUAGUAGAAACUCUACCAGAGGAGCCAACAGCUGCACCUUAUGAAGAGACGUGGUACGAUGAAUACGAUGAAUAUGGAAUGAGGAAGAAAGACGACAAAUGGAUGGAGAAGGAGCGAGAAAGAGCCGCAAAAGAACGAGAGAGGGAAGAGAAAGAGAGAGCGCAGAAGCUGAAGGAGGCGGAGGAGCGAGCCAGGAACAGACCACGUGUCUUCAAAGAGCCAAAGAAGUGUCCUCCCCUGGGAAUGGAGUCGCACAGGAUCGAGCCAGACCAGCUCUCAGCCUCCUCUGUGUCUCAGUAUAGAUUUGCACCUCAGAGGGCGCGUCUCAACAUGCAGGGCUCAGACGAUGAGGACAGCAUGGGAGGAGGAGGGUGGUGCGCAAACGCAGAGGACAAGAUCCACUGGUUGGAGUUCGACGCUCGCAAGGAGACGGAGUUCACAGGAGUCAUAACUCAAGGGAGAGACUCCCCUAACGAGGGUGACUUCGUGACGUCCUACUUCCUGGCUUUCAGCAACGACAGCAGAGAAUGGACGACUAUUCAUGAUGGAUAUGCCGACUGGUUAUUUUUUGGAAACAGCGAUAAGGACACGCCCGUGAUGAACCAGCUGGCAGCGCCCGUUCUGGCCCGCUACAUGCGCAUCAUCCCUCAGAGCUGGAACGGCUCGCUCUGCCUGAGGAUGGAGAUCCUGGGCUGCCCCAUUCCUGAUCCGGCCAAUGUUCAGUACAGACAAAAUGAAGUGACUCCAGUGGAUUACUUGGAGUUCAAGCACCACAGCUACUCAGAUAUGGUUGCACUCAUGAAGUCAGUGAAUGCGGAAUGUCCCAACAUCACCAGCAUCUACAGCCUGGGACACAGCUCCAAGGGAAAGGACAUUCUGGCCAUGGUCAUUUCUGGCAACCCCACCGAACACGAAAUAGGUGAGCCCGAGUUUCGCUACACGGCAGGUCUCCAUGGCAACGAGGCGGCGGGCCGGGAGAUGAUCCUGCUUCUGAUGCAGUACCUGUGCAAGGAGUAUAAAGACCAAAACCCCAGAGUCCAACGUCUGGUGGAGUUGAUCCGCAUCCACCUGGUUCCCUCGCUCAACCCAGACGGACAUGAGGAAGCUUUUGAAGUGGGAUCAGAGCUGAGUAGCUGGACCACAGGACACUUCACCGAGGAUGGCUUUGACAUCUUCCAGAACUUCCCCGACCUGAACAGCGUCCUGUGGGAGGCUGAAGACAAGGGCAUGGUCCCCAAACUCACCCCCAACCAUCACUUACCCAUACCAGAGGGCUACGAAACUAAUGGCUCGAUUGCCGUGGAGACCAGGGCCAUAAUCUCCUGGAUGAAAAGCCAUCCAUUUGUGUUGGGCGCGAACUUCCAGGGUGGGGAGACAAUUGUGGCCUAUCCUUAUGACAGCUUACGUCUGAACAAGCCUGCUGACAGCCAGAAGCCCCACAGUCGCAAGAAGAGACAGUAUGACGAGGAGGGCUUCGAUGUGACUGAGUGGGGAAGGGGCUACCAUGAGGAGCCAGAGGAAAACUGGAGGAGCAGGGGCUACUCCGAGCCAGAGGAGGAGUGGCGGGGUCACGGAUACGACCAUGGGUAUGACCGCGGCUACGGCCAUGGCUACGACCACGGGCACAGCCAGGGGUAUGACCACAACCAGGGGUACGACCACAACCAGGGGUAUGACCACGGCCAAGGGUACGACCACGGCCAAGGGUACGACCACGGUCAGGGCUAUGACCACGGUCAGGGCUAUGGGCACAGGGAGGAAGAGGAGGAUGACAGAAGAGGUGGCAGUUACCAGUAUGCGGAGCCUGAAGACGAGCCAAAAGUGAUAGCAGACGAGUCCCUCUUCAGGUGGCUCGCCGUCUCCUACGCGUCCACACACCUCUCUAUGUCGCACAACUACCUGGGCUCCUGCCACGGAGACAUGACCACCGGCGGCCAAGGGAUCGUCAACAGGGCCAAAUGGAAACCUGUCACAGGCAGUAUGAAUGACUUCAGCUACCUGCACACCAACUGUUUUGAGCUGUCCGUGUUCCUGGGCUGUGACAAGUUCCCUCAUAAGAGUGAGUUGGUGUACGAGUGGGAGAAAAACAGAGAGGCAAUGCUCAUCUUCAUGGAGCAGGCACUUCGUGGCAUCAGAGGGCUUGUGAAGGACCAGCAGGGGAACGCCAUCGCAAAUGCCACCAUAUCUGUGGAGGGGAUAAACCACGACGUCACCACAGCGUCCUCGGGGGAUUACUGGCGUCUGCUGAACCCGGGGGAGUACCGAGUGACGGCUCGGGCCGAGGGCUUCUCCACCGUGACUAAACUGUGCGUGGUGGGUUACCAGCCCGGAGCGACGACAUGCAGCUUUAACUUGGCGAAGUCCAACUGGGACCGCAUCAAACAGAUCAUGGCCCUCCAUGGAAACAAGCCGAUUCGACUCAGCUACAGCACCAACAGAGGACAGUCUCCGGCGGCGGGGAACGGCAACAGGCGUGUGGUCGACAGCAGCAACGGCUAUUCCCCAUAUUCACAGAUCAGUGCCGAGAGGCAGAGGAGGCUCAGGGUCGCUCGUCUCCGCCGCCUGCGGAGGCUGAAGUUAAUGAGGUUAAGAUCCACGACGACGUUACCGCCAACGACCACGAUUCCCACCACACCAGAGACCACGACAGCCUGGUACGACUCGUGGGUCAUAGGGGAGGGACAGUCCUCGACGCCCGGUGGGUUUACAGAGUCCUUCCUGGAUUAUAACUAUGAAUACAAGAUCGAUGACUAUUAAACACACACACACACACGGCUUGUUUCAGAUCAGAACCAUCCUCUCCUAGUCGUACUUCUCAUCACCACGUUGUACCUUGAGCUGUUUCAAUAGUCAAACAAACCCUGUCGUUUUAUGGCAUAAGCAGUAAGAACGUAGGAAAUUAACUCCAUUAAAGAUAGUCUGUUACUUAACACUUGACUUGAGACUGCUUUACAGGAAGAGAUCCAUAUAACGAAGAGUUGAUCAGUUUGACGUUUCACACUGCACUUUGGUGACUUAUCAGUCUUUUUAAUGAAUGCUUUUUCUUGCCUUCAUGAAAACGUGUUUAUUGUGGAUACAGACAAACAGCUGAGAUAUUUACACUGUCCUCAUUCACGGUAGAAAUCUUGUUUACAGUAUCCAUCAUGAAAAAUGUGUGAAGAGCAGGAAGCGGUUGGUAAAAGAGAGAGAGAGGAAGAGUUUUCUGUCGAGUUUCCUCAGACGCAGCUGAGGUAGAAGAGAUAUUUUUCAAAUAAAGGCUUGUUAAGACA